AUGGCGGAUGCCAAAGAGCCCAAGGUCGCUCCCUCUUUGGAGGAUAAUGCGAAUGAUGAGUCUAUUCUGGAGCGUCUAGGAUACAAACAAGUACUCCAUCGUAGCUAUUCUUUAUUCGAGAACUUUUCCACCUCAUUUGCCGCUCUCUACUUUGUUGGUGGUGUGCGAGUAACCUUCUCGACGGGAAUCGCGGCGGGAGGACCACUCGCCUACUGGACGAGCUACAUCGUGACGUGUGUCUUUACUUUCAUCACCGCAGCCGUUAUUGCAGAAGCAUGUUCCGCAUCUCCCACCUCUGGCUCGAUUUAUCUCUGGGCCGCAGAAGCUGGUGGGAAAAGGUUCGGGCGCUUCUUCGGCUUUGUUGUUGCUUGGUGGAGUACGACGGCCUGGACUACCUUUUGUGCCAGCAACACCCAAUCGGCCGUGAACUACAUGCUAUCGGAACUCGCUGUUUUCAAUGUCGACUUCCCAACUGACUCCUCGAGCAUCAAGUUUCGCGCAGUCCAGUGGAUCUGCACCGAGGUACUUCUUGCUCUGGCUGCAUUGAUGAAUCUCGCCUCUCCCCGUAUUUUCAAAUACGUGUUCUGGUUCUCCACUGGAGCUGUUUUUCUCGACUUCCUCUUAAACGUCAUCUGGCUCCCAGUUGGCGCGCAUAACACGUAUGGCCUCAGGACUGCACACGAAGCCUUUAUGACAACGUACAACGGUACCGGUGCUCCGGCAGGCUGGAACUGGUGUCUUUCUUAUCUUGCUACAGCGGGUAUUCUAAUUGGAUUCGAUGCGUCUGGCCACGUCGCAGAAGAAACUAAGAACGCUUCUGUCAAUGCGGCCAAGGGAAUCUUCUGGAGUACCGUCAUCAGUGGAGUUUUAGGAUUCAGUGCUGUUAUUCUGUUUCUGUUUACCUCGCCCCCGAUUGAUGUUCUUUUCUCCUACGAUGCGCCACAGCCAUUUGUCCCGCUUUAUGCUGCUGUCCUCGGUCGCGGGGGGCAUCUUGUCAUGAAUGUUCUUUCAGUGGUGGCACUCUGGCUAAACACUGCCAUUGCAAUCACCGCCGCAUCUCGACUCGUCUUUGCCGUUGCCCGUGAUGGUGUCCUACCAGCAUCUAGCUGGGUAUCGCGAGUCUCUGCUGAGGGCCAGCCCAAGAAUGCCGUUCUCGUUGUCUGGGGGGUUGCUGCUAUUAUCACCUGCACCAUCCUUCCAUCGGCAGUUGCGUUUACCUCUCUGGUUUCAGCAGCAGGAGUUCCCUCAGCUGCUGCGUACGGACUUAUUAGUCUUGGAAGACUCAUACUGACGCCCAACGAGCCUCUCGACGCAAAGUGGUCACUAGGUCGACUGAGUAAGCCUUUCCAGGUUGUUUCGGUGCUGUGGAAUGGCUGGGUUGUGGCGGUGUUGUUUUCGCCUUAUGAGUUUCCAGUGGAGGCUUCUACUUUGAACUAUGCCCCGAUUAUUUUGGCCAUUGUGACUAUCUUUGCGAUCGUCUCCUGGAUUUUCACGCCUGCUGAUGCUUGGGUACCACGGGGACGACUAGCGAAUCCUGUGGACCAUACCGAAUGA